CAAGACUCUUUACAACAAUCAUCUGCUUUGCAGUGGAGUUGGGAUUGCCAGGGCUCAUUGCCAUUUCGGACCCUUUGCUGCAACCUGCCAGGUGGCCCCACUGCUGAGAUGGUAGAUUGCCCAGUCUUCCUGGACUCCUUCCAGCUCCUACCUCAGCCCAGCAGUCUCUUCUUCCUUCUCUUCCUCUGCUUCCCGCCUGGGGAGCCAAACUCAGAGGAGGUCAAGGUGGUUGGCCCUGGGGAUUCCAUCCUGGCGAUCGUCGGGGAAGAGGUGGACUUCCCGUGCCACCUGUCGCCAUACCUGGACGCCGAGCACAUGGAGAUCCGCUGGUUCCGCAGCCAGGCCUCUGAGGUGGUGCACCUGUACCAGGGGCGACAGGAGCUCCACGGGCGGCAGAUGGCGCAGUUCCGGAACAGGACCAAACUCGUCAAGGACGAGAUCGCCUAUGGAAGCGUGAUCGUACAUCUCCACCGCGUGGUCCCGGCCGAUGAGGGCCCUUACGGGUGCCUCUUCCUCUCUAGCAACUUCUCUGGAGAAGCUGUCUGGGAGCUGGAGGUAGCAGCCACAAUUUGGAGAUUUUGUAGACCAAGGUCCAGAACCACAUCACUGUAUCUCUCACUGCUGCUGCCUCCCUGGGAUAGUCUCCAAACUGCCCCUGAAGAAGAGCUGCUCAGUGAGAGACCUGACAGAGCCCUAGGACUGGAACAGAAGCAGCAGGUGAGCUCAGCAGCAUGGGUGGGGGUGGGGCUGGCCCGAGUCUUCGUCCCUCCUGAGUCUAGAUUUAGAAGGGUGACCCAAGCAAACCAGGCCCAGCUCUCAUCUGCCUUCUACUGAUUUGGGAGCUCACAAUGUCGUUGUAGAACCAGGUACUGGCCACAGUUUAAAACUGUCACCUUCUUGCUGAACAAGUUGCUAUUAGUAGUUCAGAGAAGCAAGAGGAGGAGCCAAUAGCAUUAAACUAAGCAAGGUCAAUGCAAGGAAAUGGGUUAUUUAAGUGGAAUUAGGUCCCUCUGUCGGCAGUCAUGGGAGGGAACCUGAGACACAGUAAAAAGGAAGCUGACUCCUCUGGUUUCCGCUCUGCAAUGUAAAGAGCUUGGAAGCAUCACUCCCGUCCUUAGCAAAAGAAAACAACUGGACAAACUAAAAAACAAUGACUCUUCUUAGAUCCACCAGAGAAUUUGGGUCACAACUGUUGUCCUGAAAACUGGAGAGAGAGGUGGAUACAGAGAGUCAGUUUACCAAGAGCAGAAGACCAAGAGGAGAUGAUGGUGGUGGAGCCAGUCGGUAGGAACACUUACACUGGAAUUGACCAGCUGCCGGAGGCAGUGUGUGGACCAGCUUGAGAAUGCAAAACUGCAGAGGGACCAGUUUUAGUCCCCACAUUUUCUUGAGCUUUACCUCUAAGAGCCCUACCAUGUUCUCACGGUGAAUUUGGAGGAAAAUCCCCUCAGGCUUUCCAGCAGGGGCUGAGGAAAUGUAACCACUGUGAAAUAUGCCAGAGUACUCGGUUCUUCCUCCAGUUCUCUGGAAGAAAGGCCAGCA